UUAGUCUUCAUGUUCUGUUUUCAUGUCAAGUCGCUAUCAAGUUCGAUGAUUACAAUUCCGUGGUGGCUCUUCUAAUUAAUAACAAUUAAAAUGAAAAAUCAAACCAAUUGUGGGCAGGAAAUUUGCUAGGGGAAGACAUAUACUAUGGCCUCACUUCUCAUCUCCAUCCUCGUCAUCCCACUUCUCUCCCUUCUCGUCAUCGGAUGGCGUCGAACCCGUGUCACUGCGAUCCACCCGUCAUCCACCACCCAGAAGCGCCGUGUCCCACCCUCGCCCCCCACGCUCCCCGUCAUUGGAAACCUCCACCAGCUCGGCACCUACCCUCACAAGACCCUGCAGACCUUGUCCCGGAGGUACGGCCCGUUCAUGCUCGUCCACAUGGGUCGGGCACCGGCCUUGAUUGUCUCGUCGGCCCGCUUGGCCGGGGAGGUCAUGAAGACCCAUGACAUCGCGUUCUCGGACCGACCCCUGUGGAGCACGGCCCGUCGCCUCCUGUACGAUGGGAAGGACGUGUCGUUGGCCCCGUACGGGGAGUAUUGGCGCCAGAUGAGGAGCUUGUGCGUGCUCCAGCUGCUCAACAACAAGAGGGUCCAGUCGUUUAGUUCCGUCCGUGAGGAAGAGCUCGCCCUAUUGGUCAAGCGGAUUGGGGAUGCUUCCCCGACUCCGGUGGACAUGAGUGAUGCUUUUGCAACUCUAACGAACGGCGUGGUGUGUCGGGCGGCGCUGGGAAGGAAGUACGGCGAGGACGAGGCGAUCGGGAGGAGGUUUAAGACCUUGUUGGCGGAAUUUGUGGGCCUAUUGGGUGCGUUUAACGUAGGAGAUCUCAUACCGAGCUUGGGUUGGAUCAAUAAGCUCAAUGGUUUGGAUAAAAAAGUUGAAAGGGUGGCCAAGGAGUUCGACGAUUUCUUGGAGCAAGUUGUGGAGGAGCAUGUGAGCAAGUUGAACAAACCUUAUCAACAAGAAGAGAGAAAAUAUAAUAAUGACGAUAAUAAUAGUACUAGGAACAAUAAUGAUAGCGAUGGUGACGGUGAUAGUGAUAACAAGGAUUUUGUGGAUGUGCUGCUUGAAUUCCAAAGGGGCAAUUUGGCUGGUUUUCCCCUUAGCAAACUCAGCAUCAAAGCUAUCAUCCUGGAUAUUUUUGCUGCAGGGACUGAUACAACUUACACGGUCUUAGAAUGGGCAAUGACAGAGCUCUUGAAGCACCCUAAGGUAAUGGAGAAUUUGCAAAGGGAAGUUAGGGAAGUAGCCAAGGGAAGGCUCAACAUCACAGAUGAAGAUCUAGACCGAUUGCGUUACCUCAAUGCCGUCGUCAAGGAGACCCUUCGACUGCACCCUCCACUCCCGCUUCUGUUCCCACGGGCUGUGACUCGGGAUGUCACUAUCAAUGGCUACGACGUGGCUGCCGGGACGAUGGUCAUCACCAAUGCCUGGGCCAUUGGGAGGGACCCCGACUCAUGGGGCCCCAACCCGGAUGAAUUCAAGCCCGAGCGGUUCCUGGGCAACCCCGUGGACUACAAGGGGCAAAAUUUUGAGCUCAUCCCGUUUGGAGCGGGGCGGAGGGGGUGCCCAGGGAUUGCGUUUGCUAUGGCCAUGGACAAUUUCGUGCUGGCGAAUCUGAUGCUCAGGUUUGAUUGGGCGUUGCCUCCGGGAAUGAGGGCUGAGGAUUUGGACAUGACUCAGUGCACUGGGCUCACUAUCCAUAGGAAAGUUCCGCUUUUGGCCGUUGCAACCCCUUACUCUUCUUAGGAUAUCUGUGUUGUAACGUAAUGUUUCAUGCAUGCAAUAAAAUGUAGCGAGAAGACCUCUAUUUCUAAAAUAAGGUGUAAGUUUUAAAGAGGAAGGGGUCUUGGUGCAAUUACAAGACGUCGAUUCAAAACUAAGAUGUUCUAAAUUCGAUUCUUAUCAGUAAAAAUGAUGUGCCCCUUUAUUAUGUA